AUGUCAAGGGGAGGAAGACUAAAAACUGAAAAGUUCAGCAGAAGCUUAUGCAGAGCCUGCCCAUAACUUAUGCACCUGGACUGCUGGCCUGAUCUCCUCUUCUCUCUAAUCUGUUCAUGCUUCCAUGUUGUUGUAUGUCUCCAGGGCAUAAGCUUGAUCUGCAGGACAAUCUAUGGCCCUCGUGCUGGCUUUGGUCCUCAGUCUCCUCCAGCUGGGGUCAGGUCAGUGGCAGGUGAUUGGGCUGGACAGGCCAGCACGGGUCUUGGUGGGGGAGGAUGUGCUGUUCUCCUGCUUCCUCUCCCCGGAGACAAAUGCAGAGACCAUGGAAGUCCGGUUCUUCAAGAAUAAGCUCUAUGCUGUAGUCCACCAAUACAGGGACGGGAAAGAUCAGGAACAUAUGAAGAUGCCGGACUACAGAGGGAGAACUGUGUUUUUCAAGGACUUCCUCGCCAAAGGGCAGGUGUCCCUGAGACUGCAGAAAGUCACCCCCUUGGAUGCUGGCCUGUACGGGUGCUGGUUCAGAUCUCAGACGUAUGAGCAAGAAGCCAUCUGGGAGCUGCAGGUGUUAGAGAUGGGCUCAGCUCCUCUCAUUUCUAUCAAGGGCUUUGUUGAUGGAGGCAUCCAGCUACUCUGCCAGUCCUCAGGGUGGUUCCCCCAGCCCACAGUGAAGUGGAAAGGGAGGACUGCUUUACCCUCAGACUCCAAGGUGAAUGCAGAUGGGCAUGGCCUGUUUGAUGUGGAGACCUCCCUGAUCAUCCAAGAGAGUUCUGGGAGUGUAUCGUGUUCCAUCCAACACUCCGACCAGAGCCUAGAGGUGGAAUCCAGAGUCUGGAUAAAAGAGACAUUUUUCCAGCCCUCACCUUGGCGCCUGGCUUCUAUUUUACUCAUGGUCCUCGUCUUUAGCCUAUGUGCUAGUUUCAUUGUGCUGAGGAUUUCUUUCUUCAAAUCUCGGGGGAAAAUCUUGGCAGAAGUGCGAGAACUCACAGAAAACCUGGACUAUGAAAGCAGGGAUGGCCAGGCAGAAUGGAGGGAGGCCCGGAAAUACGCAGUGGAGGUGACUCUGGACAUGGACACCGCUCACCCUCAGCUCUACAUUUCUGAUAUGAAAGCUAUAUCCUUCAGGAGUCAUCCCCAGGAAGUGCCCUACUCAGAAAAGAGAUUUAAGAGGAAGUGUGUGGUGGCUUCUCAGGGUUUCCGGCAAGGGAAAUAUUACUGGGAAGUAGAUGUGGGAUACCAUAAAAGUUGGUACGUGGGAGUGUGCCAGGAUGAUGUGGAAAGGAAAGUGUGUAUGAAUUUGUGUCCCACAAAUGGGUACUGGGUCUUUGGACAGUGGGGACACCAACAGUAUUUCACAUUUGAUCCCUCAAAAUUCAGCGUCUUCCUAAGAACGCCCCCUACACGAGUGGGCAUCUUCCUGGACUAUGAAGAUGGAGCCAUCUCCUUCUUUAAUAUAAAUGACCAGUCCCUCAUUUAUAAGAUGACACAUCAGUUUGAAGGUGUGCUGCGGCCUUUCUUCGCGAUUUAUGAGGGGGAAACUAGAAAUCCCAUGUAUAUCUGUCCAGUGUCCCUGAGAUGAAAAAUAGAAGUUUCUUCUCAAAGGGCUGCGGUCGGAGGCACAGACAGCUGAGUGUGCCUCCUGCUGCCAGUGCUGCCCUUCCUCUCCAUGAGUGUUGCCAGUGGGAAUCACACUUCUUUCUGCUUUAGGUUAUUAAGUUUUCUCUCUCAGCCCCAGAGUCCUGCCAUAACCGACAGUGAUGGCUUCUAGGCAAGGGGAGUCUAUCCAUGUGGGAGUCAAGGGUCAUAGCCGCCCUGAGGUGGGAAGGGGAGAAUGUGGACAUUGGAUUUAGUUUGUAACAACUCCACCCAUUUAAGAGAUCUUGGACCAGUCACGCCCUCUCAGGUCAUCACUGUCAAGGGCAGUGAUUCCCUCUUUGGAGGUGAUAGUGAAGAUAAAAGAAACAAUGAACAUGCAUCAUGCCUGCAUCUUGUUGAUGGCAUAGUGUUGGCUGAUGAUGUGGUCUUUAUAUUACACAUUUCCCAAAAUGAUCCCUCUUUAUUUAUUCCACAUUAAUUAAUUAAUUACUUUUUUCCUAUUCCACAUCACCCAUUGAAUAGUUAUUGGGCACCUCUUCUGUGCCAGCCCAGAGAAAUGAAGAGAAAGAAGCAUUUCCCAAUUCCUUCUAUAAAGCCAACAUUACCUUGAUACUAAAACAAAACAAAGACAUUACAAGAAUAGAAAACUUUAGACCCACAACUCUCACGAACAUAGUUGCAAAAUUCUAGAUAAAAUAUUAGCAUAUUGGAUCUAACAAUAGAUUCAAAGGAUAAUACAUCACCACCAACUGCAGUUUAUUCCAGGAAUUCAGGGUUGGUCUAAUAUUAAAACAACCAGCGUAAUUCAUUAUAUUGACAAAUUGUAAAAGAAAAUGGUAUGAUAAUCUCAAUAGAUGUAGAAAUUUAUUUUUUACAAAUUCAAAAUCCAUUAUUGAUAAUAGCUGUCAGUAAUGAAGAUAUAUAGUUGUCAAAUAAGUAUAUGAAAAUAUUUUCAACAUUAUUAGACAUUAAGGAAAUGAAAAUUAGCAAUGAGUAGCAACUCUACCACUUAUUAGAAUGCCAAAUAUUGAAAAGACUCGCCAAGUGUUGGCAAGGAUGUAUAGGAACUAUACUCCUACUGGAAGUGUUAAAUAGUGCACCUAUUUUGGAAAAUGGUGUUUUAGUGACUUUAGAAAUUAAACAGUUGCCUGCCAUAUGAUCCACUAUUCUGCUCUACAAAUUUUCUCAAGGGAGAAGGAAAUAUAUAUGUCUACAAAGACUUUAGGUGAAUGUUGACAACUUUAUUUGUAAUAGCCAAAAGUUUGUAACAUCCCAGAUAAACAAAGAACAAAUUGUGUUAUACAUGUAUCUACGCUACAGAAUACUACUCAAUGGAAAAAAGGAAUGAAGUAUGGUACACAAUAACAGCAUGGAUGAACCCCCAAAUAUUAUUUUAAGUGAAAGAAGCCUGGCAGAAUGAAUCCAUACUGUGUGAUUCCAUCUAUAAAAAGGUCUAUAAGGGGAAGGGGGAGGUAUUGGUGGAGGGAGGGUAAUGGGUGGAGCCUCAUCUACGGUGCAUCUUAGAAUGGGUACAGGCGAAACUUACUAAAUGCAGAAUACAAAUGCCUACAUAUAGUAACUAAGAAAAUGCCAUGAAGGCUACGUUGAACAGUUUGAUGAGACUAUUUCAGAUUGUAUAUGAAACCCGCACAUUGUACCCCUUGAUUGCACUAAUGUACACAGCUAUGAUUUAACAAUAAAAAUAAAUAAAUUAAAAAAAAUGAAAAGGUCUAUAAAAUGCUGACUAUUCUAUAGUAAUGGAAAGCUUAUCAGUGUUUGGAGGAGAGAGUAGGGUGGGAGGGAUUAAAAACAGUGGGAGGAUCUUGUUGGAAUGAUGGUUAUGCCAACUAUCUUCAUUGUGGUGAUGGUUCAUUGCUAUAUAAACAUAUCGAAAUU